AUGGAGCUCUUCGUCGACGUUGUCACGAAGACCGACAAGAACUUUUGCGCCCUAUGCACCAACGAGAAGGACGUCGGCAAAUAUGGCAAUCCCCUCCACCACAAAGGGUCAUCCUUCCAUCGUGUAAUCCCCAAUUUCGUUUGUCAGAGCAGUGACUUCACUGCGGAACAUCAUGAGAAAGCACACCGGGACCUGUCGAUGGCGAAGGCUGUUCCGGGGACAAAUGACAUGUACUUUUUCAUCUGCACGACAAGGACGAAGUGGCUUGACAACAAGCACGUGGUGUUCGGGCAGGUGGUGGAGGAGUACGACAUAUUGAAGGCGGUGGAGAAUGUCGGGUCAGGGAGCUACCGGACCUCAAGACGGGUGGUGAUCGUCGACUGCAACCAACUCCAGAUCUGA